UAAGAAGGAGCACUCCGUUCAGGAGCGAUAUGAUCUGAAACGACUAGUGUAACACGACAAUCCAACCCCGAUCGACUGGUGAAACAAGCUUUCUCCAUAGCGGAGCAGAAAAAGCCUUCCAAAUCAACUAGUGGAAUUCCCCAUUAGACGCAGGAGCAAAAAUGAUGCGUAUCCCUGCUCUUCUGCUACUAAUUUGUGCAACACCUUCGGCUGUACAUGCAACAGGCGAUGGACGCGUUCGCCGGACACUAAGAUGCCUUCCCAGAAAGAUUGCCUUGUUUUUUGUUAAUCCAACGAAAACCGGUUUCGAAGUACAACUGCCGGUGUUGAACAUCGGCCGCCGAUGCAGGGGCGAAGCUCAAUACAUCAUACGUUGGACACCUCGAGGCGAAGAGACCCGUGAGGAAAGGGUCCCGUGGCAUCAGCAACAUUUCAGUGUGGAUGGACUCAAGCCGUGGACGACAGUAGAUAUUGAGGCACAUAUGGAGUAUAAAGAUGAUCAGGAAGGAAAGUAUGAAGAUACCCCUCUGAUAAAAAAGGAUACCACAACGCUGAAAGGCACACCAUCGCCACCACUGAACUUACGAGUGGAUGAAAUAGAGGAGAGAGCAAUACGGAUUACCUGGGAUGCUCCCGAAACACCGAAUGGACCCAUCGACGGUUACGUCCGCAGAGUCUGCUGGGGAGAGCAGCACUGCGAUUCAAGAGGCGAUAGAAUACGUGGAAUAGAAUCUGACACAUACAACAAAACUGCUCAGUACCUUAGUGGACUGAGGCCCCUCAUGUACUACGGCAUCAGCCUCCGCGCUUUCAACGUGGUCGGCAAGCGCGAGAGACUGUACAGCGGCCAAACCAAGCUCUGCGUGAGGUUUCCUCCUCCACGUAAGUUUGUUUCCGAUGGUCUGUAAAGUGUCUGUAUAGUUUGGGGGGGAUGUUUAUAUAUAGUUGUAUGUAUGUGUGUAUAUUUAACCAAUUCCUGUUCUUCACUGUCCCAGGGAGAACUUUCUCUCGUGUUCAGCACUCUAAACACAAACGCUCACCGCCGCUGAGCGCUGUUCGCCGUUCAUAAUUCUAUCGUUCUGCCUUCUGGCAUGGCGAGACUGUUGGCGAACCUUAAAAUCGCGAUGUGUGUGCAGUGGCAUAAAAGUCCAGCCCGGGCUCAAAACGGAAACAU